UCGGGUUAUAAGCAUCACUCACUCACUCACACACACACCGGAGUAACAGUAAACUGACAGCGGGCGUUUCGCUUGAUGGGAAAAGUUAAACAAAUCACGGUGUGAACUUUCCCUCGGGACAGCGCGCCCAUCGCUUUCAGCGAAGCGGUAUUCUGAGACCCUCCGGCUCCAGAGACGAAGGACGCUGAGAGUAUGUGAACGCCGAUUACCAAUCCCUUCCAACCUGUACUCCGAACCGUGAGUACUGAAGAUUGCCUGAUCUGUAGCGGCAUUUGAAUUCCAUCCGGAGAAUUUCAUGGACAGGGCUUCAGAGAAGAGAUGGUCAACGAACAACGCGUGUGAUCCCCGGCUGUGUGUUUGUGGGUGUUCCCCCGAUUCUGGGCACGGGUGAAAGCCACACCUCCCCGUUCAAGAGGCGGGGUACCGGGUGCUGGAAGGAGGGAGGGAGGGGCGAGUGUUCCGAGGCAGCUGGCCACUCGCCGUCUCGGAGCCCCAGCGAGCCGGCCAUGCUGCCGUGGCGGAGGGGCAAAGCGGUGCUGGCGGAGGAUGAGGGGCGGCGGAAAGCGAAGCGGUGGCUGUCCGAGCGCUCGUUGCUUGCCUCGGUGGCCCGGCGGGCUUGCCCAGCUUUCUGGUCCGACCGCCCUCUCCAGCGGCUCGGAGGGAUCUUCAAGCGCCGCCGGCGCAAGGUCCAGUUGAACAGGGACAACCCGAGCCACAGCGUGCGCUACCUGGGCAAUGCGGUGACCCUGCGGGCCAGGGGUGAAGGUUGCACCGACCAGGUGGUGAGUAAGAUCUGGGCCAGGAGCGACCAGGGCACGGCCGGGGCGCGGAUGCAAUUGACGGUCGGGCCGCAUGGGAUCCGCCUGUGCCCCACCGACCCCUGCGGCGGCCACUCGGGCCAUCUGUACUUGCUGCGCCGGAUCACCCACUGUGGAGCCGACGUCCAGCGCCCCCAGGUCUUCGCCUGGGUCUACCGGCACCAGCUUAAGAACAAGGCGGUGUUGCUGCGAUGUCACGCCGUUCGGCUGAGCAAGGCGACCAAAGCCCGGGACGUCGCCCUCUUCCUGCUGCGCACCUCCAGCUCGGCGCUCGACGAUUUCAAGCGGCUCAAGAGGCUGGAGGACGCCCGGCACCGGCGACAGGAGCGGCUCGGGGACCCUGCAUUGCCCCUGGCUCCGCUCCGGAGGCUGCUCAACUCACCGUGCCCGUACCGGGCGGGCUCCGAGCGCUGGAGGAACCCGGCGGCGCUCUGCUCCAUCGCCGAAGACGCGGCGGGCGAGCAGGAGGACGAUGAGCCCGACGUCGGUGGCAUCUCCCGGCGGAUCGACUCCUGCACCAUCGCCGACGAAGCUCCAACCCACCCGGACGGCCACUCUAAGGCGGCUUCGCCAGGCUCUAACUGAUCUCUCCACCGAGGGUCCCGAGGACAACAGGAGGCGUACCGACCUCCAACCCUUCUUGUUUUCUCCCCACUCUGUUCUCCAGGUACUCCACCUCCUCUCCCACUUUACAACCCUACCCCUCCACUUCAUUUGCCUACCCCUCCGUUCCCUCUUUGCUCCCUCACCCCUCCAGCUCCAACACUCUUUCCUCCAAUCCCCUUCCCCCGACUCACUUCCAACCCAUUCGCCCACUCUCACCCCACCCUCGCCUUGAAUUCUGACCCAGAUUCCUCUCCCCCCCCCCACCCUGAACCCACGCUCCCUCCUUUCCCACUCUCUGUCCCCUGCCCAGAUCCCACCAGGGCAGAAAGAGUCAGCGGGCAGCCGGUGAAUCGGGAUAGGAUCGCACCAGACUAACGCCGCUCAUUUCGGACAAUACCCACCCGGCUCGGAGGCCGCUGACAGAUCGGCUCUGCGAUACAAGAAGGAACCUUAAAUGCCGGUUUACCAUGCCGCUGCCAGGCUCGAGUCACAGGAGCGAAAUGCAUGUUCUGAACAGCUUUAGAAACUGUUUUUACCAGCGAAGUGUUUGAGACACGCGAGUAUGAACUGACUGGUAAACUUCUGGGGAAAGUGAAGUUGUUCGUUGAUUGGGGUCAGGGCCCGGAGCUACCGGGUGACCCAUUCGUUGGUUCAGAGGGUGAAGUUACCAAGCGGCCUCUGUCAGUAGUCCCGUGGACAGACGCGCAACCUCACGGCAGGGCGAAGAGGAAAUGGAACCGGUCGGGCUGUGAUGCUGGAGAAUUAAGAGGCUGCAAAUGCCCGAAUCUGGGGCGACUCUCCAAAAGCUGGGGGAACUCAGCGGGACCAGCAGCGUCUGUGGGGAGCAUUCCCCUCCACAGAUUCAGCCUGAGUCCAUCCAUCUGUUGCUCCAGACUCCGGCAUCUGAUGUCCCUCGUGUCCCCCUGAGACCUUAAGACACAGGAGCAGAAUUAGGUCAUUCGGCCCAUCAAGACGCUCUGGCACUCCACAAUGGCUGAUUUAUUUCCCCUCUUAACCCCCAUUCUCCUACCAUCUCCCCGUGACCUUUGACGCCCUGUCUGAUCAAGAAACCCAUCAACCUGCGUUUUAAACAUACCCGAUGAUUUGGCCUCCGCAGCCCUCUGUGGCAAUGAAUGCCACUGUCACUGGCCUCCGGCUAAAGAAAUUCCUCCUCACGCAGGUCUUACAAGUCGGUGUAUACGUUAAAACUCAUUUAUGGGUUAUUUUCCCAGGGCAUCAAGGGACAGGAGAAAUGAGUGUGCGCGACGCGCACCCGGAGCGGAUCUGGCCCCACUCCGUUCACGGCGAGUCAAACCGGACCGCGCCUCCAACCCCAAAUCUUGUUCUUACCUACAGUACGACGAAGUCCGUGUAGUCGUGCCCCGAAGUUAGUGUAUUUCUCCAUCAUAGUUCUGAGUUCUGAUUUAUCCUGCUGGAUGCAAUGUUCAGCCCUGAACAAAGCGAACUCACCCACCACCGGUCCUCAAAGAGUUUCUCGGCUGAGCUUAACAUUCAAGAUUGUUUAACUAAUUUCCUGUAAUAAGUGUAAAGAAGAACGAAGUAACUCCGGAUCCAAUCAGCAGAAAAAAACCCCCACACACAAUAAGAUAAAGAACACAAUAAUAAAAACCAAUAAAUAUAAAUACAUAAGAUAGCUUCUAUACAUUGAUUGUAUGUCCAUAAAGUGAUGCUAGGCAUAGGAGUGUCUGUUCCUAAGGUAACCAACAGGAAAUGAUAAAGUAGUGGUGGUUGGGGGUGUGGAGGGGUGGGUUAGCGGGUGGAGGUGUUGAUCAGCCUUACUGCUUGGGGAAAGUACCUGCUUUUGAGUCUGGUGGUCCUGGUGUGGAUGCUACAUAGCCUCCUCCCUGGUGGGAGUGGGGCAGACAGUCCAUGAGCAGGGUGGGUGGGAUCCUUCAUGCUCUACCUAGGGCUGGUGAUUUGAUUUGUCCUGCUGCUUUCACUUCCCGUAUUUGUUGGAUGUAUGGUAUUCUUUAAACUUUGCAUGUUAAAACACGACUUGGCCCAUGUGCAGAGCAGGCGUUGGCCCGUACAUUGAAAAGAGAUCUUACCUACCUGAAUGUUAAGCAAUUGUCUAGCAAGAGUGUUUUAACUCUGGAGGCCAAUAUGUGUAAAUACACAGAACAGUUGAACUGAAAUGAAUUAUAAAUAAAAUUACUAAUCUUUGGCUAACUUGGCACAUGUUCUGUGAGAUUAUUUAUUAAUAGGCAUUAAAGGUAUCAUGGUAGUGACCCUGAUAUUCGGGGCAUUUUGGAAUUGAGAGUUCAACUCCUGUGCCAUGAAUCACCCGGAGGACCCUCCGGUGGGUCUGUUGCAUGAAGUAGAUCCUAAGGUCUGGAAGGACCAGUGUUUCCCAAGGACUUUUGAAUGGGUCUUGAUUAUGGGAACGAACAAUCACUCGAGUCGAGUAUGAAGAUCUCCUAAGGGGUUGUCUAUUGGUGGGUCCAUGCUGAUCCAGGAUCCACAUAUCCAAGUUGUUAAGGUAGAUUCCCUUAGUCGAAGUUGCCAAUGCUUGACCUUGUUCAACAUAAGACCUUAAGAUAUAGGAGCAGAAUUAGGCCAUUUAGCCUAUCAAGUCUGCUCUACCAUUUCAUCAUGGCUAAUCCAUUUUUCCUCUCAACCCCAAUCUUCAGCCUUCUCCCUGUAUCUCUUCAUGUCCUGACCAGUCAAGACUCUAUCAACAUCUGGCUUAAAUAUACAUAAAGACUUGGUCUCCACAGCUGCCUGUGGCAAAGAAUUCCACAGAUCCACCUCUCUGGCUGAAGUCCAUUCUAAAAGGACACCCUUCUAUUCUGAGGCUGUAUCCUCUGGUCUUAGACUCUCCCAACAUAGGAAACAUUCUCUCCACAUCCACUCAAUCAAGGCUUUUCACUAUUUGAUAGGUUUCAGUUAGAUCACCCCUCAUUCUUCUGAAUUCUAGUGAAUAUAGGGCCAGAGCCAUCAAACACUCUUCGUACGACAAGCCAUUCAAUACUGGAAUCAUUUUUGUGAACCUCCUUUGAACCCUCUCCAGUUUCAGCACAUCCUUUCCAAAAUAAGGGGCCCAAAACUGCUCACAAUAUUCCAAAGUGAGGCCUCACCAGUGCUUUAUAAAUUCUCAACAUUACAUCCUUGCUUUUAUAUUCUGGUCCUCUUGAAAUGAAUGCUAACAUUGCAUUUGCCUUCCUCACCUCAGACUCAACCUGCAAAUUAACCUUUGGGAAUCCUGCACAAGGAUUAACAUGGGGAGGCUGAUUAUGGGCAGC